AUGGCUCAUGCUUCAUCUAAUCAAGCCUUUCAACUUUUAAAUAAUAAUACAAAUAGUAAUGGAACAUUUAAUAAUGUGGAUUCUAAUGUGGCAAUAUCUGGAGUAAAUAUUAUUAGGAAAACACCAAAGAAUAAGAGUCAUAACGGAAGUUCUUCUGACCAUAUUAUUCCUUUGGUGAAGAUGUUCGCACAAGCACAUGAUUCGGGAGAGGAACUUUAUCAAAGAAUUCUUGUGUUUCUUCCAUAUUCAUCGGCUAUUAUCUUCAGUUGUGUUUCACAACAUUUCAAUCAGCUGGCUAAAAAACAUUCGCCAUAUAUUUUCAGUAUGAAUCAAUUUAUUCAAUGGUAUCAUCAAGUUUGCGUUUUAAUGUUAAGUUCAAAUACCGAAACAAUCACAGCUGACAUUUUGAAAAAAAAGCAACACAACUUUUUGAGGUCUGUUCAAGUUAUUUCACGAAGUUGUAGAAUACAAUUACUAUUGAACGAACUUUUUCAUAAAGCAACUAUACCAUCGAUUGAGGAGCCAAAAGAUAAACCAGAUAUACCACCAGUUGGAAUAUUUAUGUGCAUACCUUUAUCAUCUAGAGUAGAAUUUACUAAAAAACACAAAAUGGUUAGACAAUUAAUCGAUACCAUUUCACUUCAAAAUGUAUAUUAUCAAGAAAUGUGUACAUUUUUACUAGGAAAACUUCAAAUUAUUGAAUUUGAACAAAUCAAAGGAGAAGAAAAUUAUGGAUUUUCCUCUGUAAUUCAAUUAAUACCUGAUUUGCAACAACUUGACCAAAAAGUGUUUAUUCACCAAAACCUUAUGGCCACAACUUUACAAAAUCAACAACAAAAGAAACGAGUGACAUUAUAUCAAAUGUCUAUAGGAACAAACUCUACAAAAUAUGGAACAUUUUUAGGACUCUCAGGAGACUUGGCUAAUAAUGAAAGACAAAUUAUUGUAAAUAUGGCAGGAAGCAAGUACGAAUUCAAUGAUAUCAUUCUUUACAAGCUUUGUCAACUAAGUGGUGUCAUUACUAAUACUACAUCGAUGUCCGUAACAGAAAUGUUCCAAUUUUUGGCAAUGUGUGGAACUUUGGACACUUGUCAAAAUGUAAUUGAACAAUACUAUAACUAUAAGAGAAAUAAUUUACAAACAUUCCCAUCAGCAAUACAAAAAUGCCAAGUAACAACUAGAGAAACAACAGAAGAAUUCCGAACUACUAGAGAUUCCAAGAAGGCUUGUUAA